AUGGAUAAGGACAGCACUAGGCUGCAGGCUCCCUCAGGAUGGGCAAUCCAGCACAAAUGCAAAACCAAAUUCUUCCGUCGUUUGGCCGUGUUCGCUGCAUUGGCGUUAUCUCUUGCGUCACUCAACCACCUGAGCUUAUCAUUCAACGAGGAAGAAGCUACUCCUGCGCAUAUAGCCACAGCAAUCUCGCGUUGUCAAUACCUUGCAAGAGAGCCAGGCCCUCCCUCCGACUUUCACCAAAGAACAUCUUCCGACCGGUAUGAAGUAGGAACAAAAGCAACGCUAAUCAUAAACGCUAAGAUAUGGACCGGAGAGCACAAUGGAACCGAGGUUAUUGACGGUGGCAUACUUAUGGACAAGGGUGUUAUCGUCGCUAUAGGGCGAAUCAAUCCAGGAUUAAUUCAAUCCUACAAGGAUCUGGUCAUAACCGACGUCCAUGGCUCUUGGGUAACACCUGGAAUAGUUGACAUGCAUUCCCAUCUUGGAGAUGCCUCCUCUCCAGAACUUGCUGGUGCUAUAGAUGACAACUCAGAAAAGGGUCCAAUCGAAGCUUGGCUUCGUAGUCUUGAUGGUCUCAAUACUCAUGACGACUCUUAUCCACUCUCCAUAUCUGGAGGUGUCACAACCUCCCUCGUACUUCCAGGUUCUGCAAACGCCAUCGCCGGACAAGGGUUCGCCAUUAAGCUUCGCAAAACAGCUGAACAUUCUCCAACGUCAAUGCUACUGGAGCCGCCCUAUACAGUCAAUAGUUCAUUCCCAGAUUAUAGCAUUACGCCGAGAUGGCGACAGUUGAAACAGGCCUGUGGCGAAAAUCCUAGCAGUGUAUACUCCCAGACGCGUAUGGACAACUUGUGGUCUAUGCGUGAAGCUUACGACAAAGCGAGAACCAUAAAGGAAGAACAGGAUGCUUACUGCUCUGCAGUUCUUAACGGACAACACCAGGGUCUUGGUAAAUUCCCAGAUGAUCUCAAAUGGGAAAUGCUGGUGGACGUACUCAGAGGUAGAGUCAAGGUGCAAACUCAUUGCUAUGAGGCGGUCGAUCUUGACGCGUUAGUUCGGCUAUCAAACGAGUUCAAGUUCCCUUUAGCCGCAGUACACCAUGCGAGCGAGGCAUAUCUGGUUCCCGAGCUGUUGAAGAAAGCUUAUGGUCAAGCCCCUGGUGUAGCUCUCUUUGCCACCAACUCUAGAUAUAAGAGAGAGGCCUACAGAUCCUCCGAGUUUGCACCCAGAAUACUAGCGGAGAAUGGUAUCAGCGUCGCCAUGAAAAGUGACCACCCCGUUCUCAAUUCGCGCUACCUUCUUUACGAAGCACAACAAGCACAUUUCUACGGUAUGCCUACUAAUUUGGCUCUGGCAUCGGUCAUAAGCACUCCUGCUCGACUCCUGGGACUUGACCACCGCGUUGGUUAUGCCAAAGAAGGUUGGGACGCAGAUGUUGUCGUAUGGGAUAGCCAUCCAUUGUCCCUCGGAGCUACACCGAUGCAAGUUUACAUUGACGGGAUAUCGCAGCUAAAGUCUCCUCAUGUUAUUUCCAAGCCCCAGGAGUUCCAGAAGGUGCCUGAGGUGCCAAAUUUCGACAAGGAAGCAGCAACAGUUGUCGAAUACGAAGGCCUCCCACCUUUACAACAAAGAAAGUCUGUGUCAGGCCUUGUGUUAUUCCGUGGUGUCAAAACAUUCUUUUUGCGUGGUGAGGGGUCGGUUCGUGAGGUGUCCAUGACACAAGACGAUAUCUCAGGCGUCGUCGUAGUCAAUAACGGUGCCAUAUUUUGUUCUGGACCUAUGGCAGACUGUUCAUCCUCGUUUUCCGAAUCGGAUGCGGAGAUCAUUGACCUUAAGGGAGGCUCAAUCUUUCCAGGUUUAGUUUCCUUCGGGUCGCCUCUUGGAACAUCAGAGAUAGAAGCAGAAGACUCUACCAACGAUGGUAAUGUCAAUGACCCAUUGACUGCCAAGGUACCAAGUAUUAUCGGAGGUGACGAGGCCCUCAUCCGAGCAGUGGAUGGUCUACAAUUUGGCACUCGUGAUGCUCUCCUUGCCUACCGCGCUGGCGUGACGCUGGGUAUCACAGCGCCUAGCCAUAAUGGGUUUUAUGCAGGCUUAAGCACUGCGUUCUCUUUGAGUGCCCCUCACAAGCUACACCCUGGUGCCGUCGCUCAGGAUGUCGCUGGUCUGCAUGUCGCCGUACGGCAUUUCGAUAAUGGUCCGAGUGUGAGCACCCAAAUCGCCACCUUGCGCCGCUUACUUCUUCACCCUGUGGGUGGAGAAUCAGGGUAUUGGUUCAAAGAAGUGACGAAGGGUAACGUACCGCUCGUCAUCGAGGCACAUAGCGCAGACAUUAUAGCAACCCUCGUGCGACUGAAAAUGGAAGUCGAAGAAGCAAAGGGAAGAACCAUCAAGUUAACCAUAACUGGAGCUUCAGAGGCACAUAUCCUGGCGAAGGAGCUCGGAGAGGCUGGCGUUGGGGUCAUCCUAUCGCCAGUCAGGCCAUUUCCAACAUUGUGGGAGGACAGACGAAUUUUACCAGGCCCCCCUCUAUCGCAACAAUCUUCGGUAUCGAAACUCGUUACCAACAACGUCACGGUGGGUAUUGGUGUGGUGGAGAUCUGGGAAGCUCGAAAUGCCCGUUUUGACCUAGCUUGGGCUUCCCUAGAAGCUGGUGGAGAAAUAGAAAUAUCGAAGCAGGAAGCUAUUGCAUUAGCAUCGACGAACAUCGAGAAGUUGGUUCUAGGGUACACCCGUCCAACCCUGUCAACGGAAUUAGUUGUCACAGAGGGAGGCGAUCUGUUUGACCUGAGUAGUAAAGUGGUUGCAGUAAUUAACCCUUCUCAACAUGCAGUAGAGUUUCUCUAG